AUGUCCACAAUCACACCUGAGAUUCAGGCAUUAUUGAACCCGGUGGUGGCUACACUCAAGCGUCACCAAAUCAAUGAGGAUAAAGAAGUCGCUCUUGUAAUUGCCCACUUAUUGAUGAAAGUUAUAUCGGCAGCAAGAUGGACCAAUACCUACGACUUGAUAAGUUUGAUUAGAAAAGUCGGAACUGUUUUACACAAGGCGAACCCUUGUCAAAUCAUACCUGGAAACAUUGUGAGACGUGUGCUUGCAAUCAUUCGCGAAGAAAUUGAAACUGGCUUGGAGACAAAUGCCUCAACGGAUGCCAAUGCCAAUUCCAAUUCCAAUUUCAAUUCCAAUUCGAAUUCCAAUGUACCAAUGAUGAGUUCCAUGUUUAGUUUGCUUACAACUACAAACAAACAAGAGGGUAAAAAGGAGCUAAGAGCGCCUCAGUCCAAGAAGCAAACAAGCGACAUGAGAAGCAUUAUCAUUCAAGGUAUAAGGGACUUAGUUGAUGAAAUAUCCAACUUCAAUGACGACUUAAACAAUAUGGCAAUUGACUUGAUUCACGACAACGAAGUAUUGCUAACGCCCACACCUACAUCUGACACCAUCUUGCAUUUCUUGCUCAAGGCCCGUUUGAAGAGGAAGUUUACCGUUUUAGUUACGGAAAACUUCCCCAAUGAUUUGCAAAAGGCACAAGUAUUUGCUAAAACUUUGGCAGAGAACAACAUCGAAACUGUGAUAAUACCCGAUACCACAGUUUAUGCCGUAAUGUCUCGAGUUGGAAAGGUGAUUAUUGGCACCAACGCCGUGUUUGCAAAUGGAGGGUGCUUAUCCCUGAGUGGGGUUGCUAGUGUUGUUGAAUGUGCCAAGGAACACAGAACCCCGGUAUUUGCAGUCUCAGGCUUGUACAAAUUGUCGCCGUUGUACCCAUUUACGAGAAACGAUUUAAUUGAGGUUGGGAACUCGGGGAAGGUACUCAGUUAUGCAGAUUUUGAUUUGGUUGAUAACGUUGAAGUGGUAGUUAAUCCACUAGAGGACUAUGUUCGACCAGAACAUAUUGAUAUUGUUAUAACGAAUGUCGGUGGGUUUGCGCCUUCAUUCAUAUACAGAAUAGUGUUGGAUAAUUACAGGUCAGAAGAUAACAAAUUGGAUUAG